CCCCUGGGCAAGGUGCCACCUUCUAAAGCAUAAAAGCCUAGUAUCCCCCAAGCAGUUCUUGUGACUGUCGCCAUGAAGGGGAGCGGUGCUCUUCUGCUGGGGUCUCUGACCCUGCUCUGCAUCUGUGGCCUGACAUAUACAUCAGAGGACGACAAUGAGUUCUUCAUGGAGUUCCUGCAAACGCUGCUGGUGGGAACUCCAGAAGAGCUCUACGAAGGACCCCUGGGCAAGUACGAUGUCAAUGACAUGGCCAAAGAAGCACUGGGAGACCUCAAAUCCUGCAUCGAUAAACUGAAGCCUCAACAUAAGGAGCAACUGGUCAAGCUGCUGGUACAAGUCCUAGACAAUACAGAGGACACAUAA